UUUGCACUUUAUUUCAUUCAACACAGUGUCUUCGUAGGAGGAACACAUGGUAUAUUCUUUCUUUUUGAUCAGUUAUUUUCACUUUUGCUACUUGAAAUUUAUAGUUACAGGAAUGGCAGAAAUGACUUUCCUGGCGAACACAGCGCCAUCUUUAGAUUGACUUUAUAUGGUCGCGGAAAGUUCGGUUGUUGCAGUUGUGCAACUUAGUGGAUUAAUUUUCUUCUUCUUAAUAAUUCACGAUGAUAUGAAAACAUCAGAAAUUCAACUUCAUAAUGGAGAGAAGGCGUUCAGGAGGAGACUGGAUUGAUAAUUCAUUUGGUGACGAGUCGUCUUCAGGGAACCCCGUGGUUAAGCCAAAGCCAAACACUGUGCCAGCCAACAAUAAUAGAAUACACAGUGGUAAAAAAAGUACACUGUUCACAGAGUUGUGGUAACCGAGACUUUCCAACAAACAUGGAAUUCAAACAGAGCAGUGAAAGUUACAAGAUGUCAUCAAAAACAAACUGCAAGAAUAAUAAGAAAAACAACUCCAAAUAUUAUCAGAACCACAACAAAAAUGCAUUAACGGCCUGCCCAAAAAAUGGUUUUCACAACUCCCCCAUGGGGAUAACUAAGGAUUUUAUAGAUGAACUUGUUGAAAAGGAACAGGUAUCAGUGAUGGUGGAUAAUGGGUCAUAUUCGGAGAAAAUCAUGCCUCACUUGAACCUGAAGUCAAACAAUGCAGAGAGGAAUAAACCUCAGCAAAUAUUAACAUCAACUCCCCACAGGAAAGUCAAAAAGCUUAAGGUUGGAGAUGAUUCAGAACCACCUCAUUUGUCCCCAAACACACAACUUGACAGCUUCAAUGACAGUGAUACCCUCUUAGCUCAAAUAGAUGUUGCAGCAAUAGAACAGGAGCAUUUAUCACAGAAAACAUGUGUACCACACAAAAAUAGAGCAUCAUCUGGGAAUUCUCCACAGCUUAAUAAAAAUGCAAGAGGUGUGAAAAGAAAAGUCUUUUCCUCGACAGUCUGUGAUAAUGCAUCACAUACUGAUCCCGAACCUUUUGAUAGUGGUAGUGGAAAUAUGUUUACAUCAGUUGAAUUGAUAACUGACAGUAUAGGAGCUGAUGGUGAUACUGGUAACAUGCCACCCACAGCAUUUGUACAAAAACAUGGCCAUCUAUCUACUGAGAUGACUAAAAUAGAUUACAAUUCUGUUCAAGUGAGUGGCUCAGGGAAUAGUGCAAUACAGGAUGAUAUUAACCAAAGCAGCAUGAACAUAAGAGGACAUAAAGAAUCCACACCUUUGAGUAGACACAAGGAAUAUGAGAAAGUGACACCUGUAACUACUAAAUCAUUAAAGGAAAGACUAAAGCAAUCUUUACAAAACAAUGCAAAAAUACCCACACCCCAGAGUUCAAGGGCAGUGAAACUUAAAGCAGAGUCUGUACAGAAAGCUUUAGAACAAGCUGAAAAGAUGCAGAAUGAGGGAUCAGACUAUGAUAUAGGCCCUUUCUUUGGAUUGCCUAGUAAAGUCAGAGAUCUGCUGGAAAGUAUUAGGGGUAUAAAAACUCUAUAUGAAUGGCAGACUGAGUGUCUUAGCCUUCCCCCUGUGUUGGAAGGCAAGAAUUUGAUCUAUUCUCUCCCUACCAGUGGUGGUAAGACCUUGGUGGCUGAGAUUCUCAUUCUGAAAGAGCUGCUGUGUAAGAAGAGGGACGCCAUACUUAUCUUGCCAUUUGUGUCCAUUGUUCAGGAGAAGGUUAGGACUCUGUCCCCUUUUGCAGUGGAGCUGGACUUCUUAGUAGAAGAGUAUGCUGGCAGCAGAGGUCCCAUGCCUCCACGCAAGAGGAGAAAGAAGAAAUCCCUCUAUGUGGCAACCAUUGAGAAAGCAAAUAGUUUAGUGAACUGCUUAAUAGAACUACAAAGGAUGGAUGAAGUGGGCCUUGUUGUGAUAGAUGAGCUCCACAUGUUGGGUGAAGGGGGAAGCAGGGGUGCAAUAUUAGAGAUGACUCUUACCAAGAUCCUGCAUGCAGGAGGAGAUGAUACUCAGUUGAUUGGUAUGAGUGCCACACUAAAUAACAUACAGGAUUUGCAGAAAUUUAUGAAAGCUGAAAUAUACUCCAAUGAGUUCAGACCUGUUGAAUUGCAAGAAUAUGUAAAACUGGAAGAUAACAUUUAUGAAGUGAAACCCAAAUCUUUGUGCCCUGAUGAUAAAUUGAUGCACUCAAGAACAGUUACAUUUCCAUACACUAAGGAAAUGAUCAAAUCUGAUCCAGAUCACAUCUGUGGACUUGUUUCUGAAGUUGUACCAGACUUCUCUUGCCUUGUGUUCUGUCCUACCAAGAAAAACUGUGAAAAUGUUGCACUUAACAUCUGUAAAAUGAUGCCUAGGCACCUGACUGGGGUGAAACGCCCAGAAAGAAAAGCACUGUUAAAAGCCCUGUUGGAAGAGGGCAAUGGAGAGGUGUGUUCAGUGCUGAAGAAGACCCUGCAGUUUGGUGUAGCUUACCACCACAGUGGUCUGACCAUGGAUGAGAGGAAACUUAUUGAAGAGGCUUACUCUGAAGGAACAUUGUGCCUCCUCACGUGUACCUCUACACUGGCUGCUGGGGUCAAUUUGCCUGCCAAAAGGGUUAUACUGAGAUCACCUUAUGUUGGUAGUAACUUCAUCAGCAGAAACCAGUACAAGCAGAUGGUUGGUAGAGCAGGCAGAGCUGGCAUUGACACCUCUGGGGAGAGCAUUCUCCUCAUCAAGAGAGCAGAUAGACAAAAGAUACUUGACCUACUUAGUGGACCCUAUGAAUAUUGCAGAAGCAGCUUGCAAUUUGAAGAUAAGAAGGGGCUUAGAAGGUUGUUACUCACAACUAUAGGUCUCAAGAUCACACCCAAUAUAAUGUCUGUUAUUGAAUUUCUGAACAAAACACUGCUUGCUGUUCAGAGCAGAGAACAAGAUAUUGAUAUCUCUGAGUUGUCCAGAGCAACUGUUCAACAACUACUACAACAUGAAAUGGUGGCACAGAGAAAGAAUAGCCCAAGUUCUUCAAAGACUUCUGAGGACCUUUCCUUGCCAGCCUUGGAGGUCACUAAGCUGGGAAGGGCAGCUUUCAAAGGUGGUGUUGAUGUUGACAUGGCUAAGCAGCUUUAUGGAGACCUGUGUGCAGCACGUGAUGCUAUGAACUUAACCAGUCACCUGCAUCUUCUCUAUCUUGUCACACCUUAUGACAUGGUGCAGCAGGUCAAUGUCUCAUGGUUGAUAUUCUUCAAGCAGUUUAGCAGCUUGGAAUCCACAGAAGUUAGAACAGCUGAAUUAGUGGGGAUUACAGAGAGCUAUCUAGUCAAGAAAAUAGCUGGACAGAGGGUGAAGGAGUCAGAAGAGCAAGCUUUUAAGGCGAAUCGAUUCUAUAUCACACUGGUGCUGUACGACUUGUGGAAACAGAAGACUAUAUGGGAAGUUGCAUCUAGAUACCAGAUACCCAGAGGGACCGUGCAGAACUUGCUCCAGAGUGCUGCCACCUUUGCCUCAUGUGUCAUGCACUUCUGUGCUGAGCUGGAAGAGUUCUGGGCAUACCAGGACCUAAUGGGAAAUUUUGUUAAAAAACUCUCAUUCUGUGUUACCAUGGAGCUGAUUCCAUUGAUGGAGAUACCUGGUGUCAAACAGGGCCGUGCCAGACAGCUGUAUAGUGCAGGGUAUAAGACCUUGCAACAUGUGGCACAUGCAGAUAUUGAGGACAUGGUAAAAAGCAUUGACCAUCUGUCUCGGAAAGUAGCCAGACAGUUGACAUCAGCUGCUCUUAUGCUGUUAAAUGAGAAAGCUGAGGCACUGAGAACAGAGGCAGAUGAUAUGGUAAUGGUACCAGAGCAAGUAGUACCUAGUGCCAAGGACAGCCCUAUGCCAAGCAGUGGAGUAUCAACCCCAAGCAGCAGUGCCACAUUCUCCCAGCCACUGUUUAGCCAGGAGUCUUUGUAAACAGCCUUGUGAGCAGGGGGCCACAGGAAUCAGGAAGAAGGAAGACACACUGCUGAGCACAUUCCUAUACUAAAUGAUACUUAAAAAUGACGUUCAAAUGGUUUAAGAGGGUGCUGUUAUUGCUAUUAAAUAACCUCAGUAUAGUAUUGUCAUCUCUCUAUGUAGUGUGGAAAGUGUGUAAAUCUGUUAUUCACAGAGUGCUGAAUUGCUGAAUGUCCCGACAUAGUAUAUUGUUUUUGAAUCAGUUUUGUAGAAUUAUAAUGUCAGACAAAUGCUCUGUGAUUAUUUCAGACCAUGGUUUAAAAAUAUAAAAACACUUUGCAAGGGUUGACUUUAUCGAAUUUGAAGUAAUUCUUUUCCAUGGUCACAUGGGGACCUUCUCCAUCAUCUUCAAUGAUGAGGUUAUCUGUGUUGCAGAACAGGAAUGAUAAAUGAGCUAAAAGCUUACUUCAUUUAAUUCUGUUGUAAUGUUCGCCCUCCUAUCUCAAAUAAAAAAGGUUUACAGAAAAAUAUGGCUUGUUUAUUUAAUUUACAGUUCCACUAUCGGAUCAAUUAUCUUUGAAAACCAAUUUGUAUUUUUAGUACAGAUCAACUCGUAAUUCACAAG